GCAUGGUGUGUCGCCUCCUCCACACGCCAUGUAGCUCCUCCUGUCACAAUCCAAAUUCGCCCCUUGUAACAUCAGUGCGCGCUGCUUGUUAUGGCUUCCUCCUAAGGUUUCUUGAAUGGCCGCCUCUCUCACGCGGCACUCGUCGCCAUAGAAAAUCGUUCAGGCCGACUACCUCCGCAUCCCCAUAGUUAGUCGUUUUUAGCUGAACUGCCGUGCCUCUAAUUCCCGUGCCUAAUUUCUCGGUCUUGCCAGGGGCGUAGCACACCACGUGCCCUCGUCACCAUAAUCCUGGAUAGGCGCAUCCUAAAAUCCAUCUGUUUCUGCUGCAUAAUCCCCAUCCCAUGAAGCUCCGCGUGCGAUCCGCCCAAGGCGGCUCCACCCAUCGCAUCGAAGCGCCGCCGCACUGCACGCUCCGCGCGCUCCGCGAUCUCGUCGCCGCCACGUUCGGCGUUCACCCACCCUCCACACUUCGCCUCUCCCUCAACAAACGCGACGCGCUCAGCGAUGGCGGCGCCGGCGCUGAUGUGGCAAUUUUGGAGCUCGGGAUCCGCGGCGGGGACUUGAUUUUCGUGCUGGCGGAGGGCGGGGGGGGCGCGGGUGCAGGAGGAGCACAACCAGCACAAGCAGCGCCGUUAGCUGCGGCAGCGGCUACACGGCCAGCACCAGCCGCAGCAGCGGCGGCGGCGGCGGUUGGUAGCGAGGAGUGGAAGCGGCAGCGCAGGGAACGGUGCGCCAGCGCGGCGCUCAGUCGGGUUGCGGGCGGGGAGGCGCGGGAGGGGGAGGGCGGGAGUGAAGAGCGCGGAAGGCUUGCUGGUGGGGAGACGAUAAUAGCAGAGGACGCGACGGGGCGAGCAGGAGAGGGAGAUGCCGGGAGUGUUGGUGGGAGUAGUGGUGGGAGCAUGGCAGAGGCAGAGGUGCCGCAGAGUCGUAUACUUGUGCAGCCAGCAGUUGCUUUAGCUCCAGCGGCAGCAGCGCCGCCAGCAGCACCAGCACCAGCUGCAGCAGCGAUGGAUGUGGAAGCAGGAGAGGGUGCAGCGUCAGCAGCAGCAGCAGCAGUAGCAGCAGCAGCAGCAGCAGCAGCAGCAGCAGCACCAGCAGCAGCACCAGCAGCAGCACCAGCGCCAGCACCAGGAGCACUAGCCGCGGCAGCUCCUGCGUUUGGUUUGGGGGUGCGCGGUGCCAUCCCUGCUGCGCUGAGCCGAGUGAUUCGUGCAGAGAUGCGAGCUGCCAUGGUCGCGGGGCAGAGCGCUCAAGGGGCAGCAGGAGCAGGAGCAGCAGUGGCGGCAGGCACAGCAGCAGCAGCAGCAGCAGCAGCAGCAGCAGCAGCAGCAGAUUCUGGAAAAGCGGGAGUGGAGCAUGUGAGGGUGCAGCAUGCGCUGUCCCCAUCGGCAUGGCUGGCGUUGGCUGUGCAUGGCGCCAUGAUAGAGUCCGGAUUCACGCCUGUCAGCCCCGCUCCUCCAGAUUCAUCCGCAGCACCAUCACCUCCUCCCCUCACAACCAGCAACAGCAACGGCAACAGCAACGGUUUGCCUCCCCUGAACUGGGACCGUCCCUCCACCCCUCUAACUGUGCUCUACUCCGUGGCGUCCUCUCCCAAUUCCCCUCUCCCGCCGCUCCCUCCUCUGGCGUCCCUUCAGUUCUUCACCCUGGGUCAGUCCCUGCUCGUCUAUGGCGCCUCUCUCUCGCCCACCCCGCCCCCCUCCUCCUCCUCCCUCCCAUCCUCCUCUCCCCUUUGUGUUCGUCGCCUAGCUCUGCCCUUCGCCUCGUUUCUGCAACAACCACUGCAGCAGCAGCAGCAGCAGCAGGUGCAGCAAUCGCAAUGCUUGCAACAGGUGCAGGUGGACUCUGCACUGGAGGCCAUGGACCCGGCAGUGGUGACAGGGCUGGUGUACAGGAGUGUGAGGGACAUGUGGCGCUGCAUCAAGGACCAGCUCACCCUCCCUCUGCUCUCCGAUGUCUCCCUUCGAUUCCGCCUCUGUGCAUGCACGGCUGGGAGUCCUCCUGAUCCUGCUGCUUCUGCUACUCCUGCUACUCCUGCUACUGCUGUUGCUGCUGCUGCUGGUGGUGACGGUGGUGGUACUAGUGCUGCCACUUCUGCUGCUGGUGGUGCUGUGUCUUUCGCCCCUCCUGCUGUGCAUAUCCACACACACACCUGCCCCAGCCUCACCACCACCCAACCCUCAUCCACCUCUCCCUCCCGCACCCCCUCCCCUCCUCCUCCUGCCCCUCUCCUCCUCUUCCUCCCGUCCCUCCUCGCACUCCCGCACGAGCUGCGCCUGCUGCUGCUGCGUAAGCUCCCCCCAGUGGACCUGGCGUCCCUGGCAUGCACGUGCACCGACCUGCACUUUACGGUCGAUGCUGCUGACGAGGUCUGGUUCGCGCUCUUUGCCACCGAUUUCUGCCUCCCUGCCUCCCCCUCAUCCCCGACUCCUGCUGUCACUUCUGCCCCUGCUGGUAAUGCUGCUACCGGUACUGCUGCUGCUCCUGCCGCUCCUUCUGCCAUGGCCCCGCUCCCACUCCCCCCUCCCCCUCCCCCUGGGCACCGCAACUGGAAGGCGGCCUUUGGAGCGUGGUGGCAGAAGCGCAGGGCGAGGGAGCGGGCAGAGGAGGAGGAGCGGAGGCGGCGCGAGGCUGCAGCCCGUGCUGCUCGGCCCAGUGUCUUCUUCCCCCGCCGCCCCCAGCCGUUUCUCCCCCCUCCUGGGGGCGGGUUUGCUCCCCCCGGCAUGAUUGGGGGGGAUUAUGACCGGUUUCCUGGCCUUGGGGGGGAUGGGAUGGAUAUUGAGGGUGGGAUGGGUAUGGGGGGCGAUAUGAAUGUAGGUGAGGGGGCAGGUGGUUCUAGAGCGAUGAGAGAGGCGUUGGGGGGGGGUGUGGGGGGAGUUGGAGGCACGGGUGGACUAACGGGCGGAGUAGGGGGAGGCGGGAGGGGAGGUGGAGGAGUGGGGAGGAUGGGUGGUGGUCGUGGUGGCAGGUUUCCCCCUGGAGGCAUAGGCGGUGGUGGCGUGCGGCGCUUCAUCUGACCCUUGCGUUGUGUGAUACAGGUACACUUGGGUCGUGACUGUCAAACAUAUUUGUAUAUGUUACAGUAGACUAGAUAGGGGCAUGCCUUAGUGAGUACAACAAUUUAGGUCAAAACCACCAUGUACCCUAUUUUCUAGUUAUUGUGC